ACCGCCCCCCUCCCAAAAAGUCAUUCAUUCUCACACAGACACACACACACAACAGCCAUGGCCGUUUCUCUGCUCUCGAUUCCUCCAAAACCCCCUUUUUCUCAUUAAUUCAAAUCACCGGAACCCUAAUUUUGAGAUGGUGCUUGUAACCGGAGAUAGAUACUUAGAUUCACUUGUAAAAUUCGUCGAAAACAAUGUGGAAUCAUUGAUCGAAGGGACUUUGGUGCUUAAAUUGAAUCCAAUUGGGCUUCAUUACGUGCACUCUAGGCUCGAAGCCUUAUUGGAGCUUGAGAGUCUUCUUUCAGGAGCCCCUGUAGAUUAUUUGCGUGCUUACGUGUCCGAUUUAGGUGACCACCGUGCGCUCGAGAAGCUUCGCCGGAUUCUUCGCCUUCUUACAUCGCUUAAGGUUGUCUCUGUGCUGCCGCCUCCUGCCCGGGACCCGACGCCGUUGUCUCUUUUGCCGUUUGGUAGACUUAAAGUUUUGGAACUUAGAGGAUGUGAUCUGUCAACUUCUGCGGCUAGAGGACUAUUGGAAUUAAGGCACACUUUAGAGAAAUUAAUAUGUCAUAAUUCAACUGAUGCUCUUAGGCAUAUAUUUGCUAGUAGAAUUGCUGAUAUAAAGAAUUCUCCACACUGGAAUAAGCUGUCAUUUAUUUCAUGUGCUCGUAAUGGCUUGGUACUGAUGGAUGAGUCAUUGCAACUUCUUCCUGCUGUUGAAACUCUUGAUUUGAGCAGAAAUAAGUUUGCCAAAGUGGAUAAUCUGCGCAAAUGCACCAAGUUGAAGCAUCUGGAUCUGGGGUUUAAUCACCUGAGAAAUGUUGCAUCCUUUAUUGAGGUCUCAUGUCACAUUGUUAAGCUUGUGUUGAGGAACAAUGCUCUAACAACAUUGCGUGGAAUUGAAAAUUUGAAGUCACUUCAAGGGCUUGAUAUUUCAUACAAUAUAAUCUCCAAUUUCUUAGAGAUGGAAAUUCUUGAUGGCCUGUCAUCUCUUCAAAGCUUGUGGCUAGAGGGGAAUCCUCUGUGCUAUGCUCGUUGGUAUAGAGCUCAAGUGUUCAGUUUCUUUUCAAAUCCAGAGAAGAUGGAGCUAGAUGAAAAGAAAAUCUGUACAAGUGAGUUAUGGCAGCGGCAAAUUAUCAUUGCCAGCAGGCAAAAGCGGCCUGCUAGCUUUGGAUUUUAUUCACCGGCAAGAGAUGGGGCCAAAAUAGAAGGAAGUAUUAAUACAAAAAGGAAGAAGCUCUCACGUGUUGCUAGUAUCGAGACGGAAGAACAGAAUACUUCUAUUUGUUCUGAUAUAGAAUCUGUGUCUCUUGAUAUCGACAACCAAAGCAAGGAGGAGAAUGCCCUUUCUGAUGAGGAAGCUGAAAUAGUUGAGUUGAUGAACCGUAUCGAGAAAAUGAAGAAGGAAAGAUCUGAUGUAUGGCUGCAGGAGUUCAAAGAUUGGAUAAAUGACUCUUCUGACAAUUUUGUUGGUCUUGCUAGAGGCAAAGAGACUGUUUCCAGUAACCACAGAGAUGACGAACUUAAGACACAGACUAGAGAAAAACAGCUCGGAGAGACCUCAAAAUAUUUAUCCGACUCUAUGCUGGCUUCUAGAGAUGACAGCAGCACAAAUAUACUAGAAUCUGACAACUCAUUUGCAGAGAUGUCUGCUAAUAUCAAUAUGCUUCAGUACCCCAACCAAAUUGGUGAAGCAGCUUCCAAAAUCUUCCGCAAUAACACAGGAGAGUCCGUUGAGAUUACUAGAAGCCGAAUUCAGGAUAGUUUUAGACCUAUAAAUAAUGAAGUGCUUCUACAUCCAACUACGAUGCUCCCACAAUCUGGAUCCUUCUCAAUUCAAAGACGUGUUAAAAUGAGUGCCAAGAUCAAUAUUCCACCACUUACUGAUACUGAUAAUAUUUUGGAUUCUCAAUCAUCCUUGGCUAGCACAGGAUCACCUCCUCAUUACAAGGAGGAUAUCCUGCAUCGACGCCAAAACUUGGAAGAAGAAUUCCUGCAGCUGUCUGCUGAGUCCUUCUCAGUUGCAUCUUCUGAUAGUGAUACGAGCUGCAGUGAUGAUGACUACCCUGAAUUGACCUCAAUGUCCCUGGUUGAUCAAUCUCCUAUCAACAACUUCUCAGAGAGGACUGUGGAUAGCCGCUCACCAGUUCAUCUGCAUAUGGAUGUAUCCCAUGAAAAAUUGUAUCCAAUAAGAAUAAAUUGUAGACUCCCAACAAGUUUAGGCGUUGAAGGAAACUCUAACUGCAUGGUGGUCAGAGCAUCAGAUGCUUCCUCCUCGCAAGGGCAUUUUUCUACCGACAGACAAGGUGUUGAAAGUGAACUAGUUAUGACGCAGGACGUCAAUUGGUUGGAGAAGAAAAAGCGUCGGAGGAAACCUGCUAGGAGAAUAAUCUCAUUGUGCGAGGAAAAUGAAGAUGAUGAGACAGCAGAAGCCAAAAAAUCAGAUGUAGAUAUAAAUGGUUUUCGAGAAGGUGUGGGGAUUGAAGCACAGUUUACUUCAGAGAGAGCUUCCUGCCAAAGUGCGAUGAGAAUAACCCUUGAUAGUUGUGGCAGGCAAAUUCAUGCCAAGAGCAACCCAUCAUUAUGGGCGCCGGAAAAUCUAAUUAAGAAUUAUUUUAGCAAAAAGGCUGCAGAAUCUGGAGUUGAUGAAUCUUGUCAGAGAUACAUUAUAUGCAACUGUUUUCUAGAGGAAAGAUCUCAGUGCAUUGAAAGUGAAGUUGCUGUCACCUUGAGCAGCGAGCAUAAGUUACAUGUGCUACUCCUUGAAAACUCAUGUGAUGGGUCAGAAGGUUCAAGCUUUAAAUUAGUUGGUUGUCAUGGUGUUGAACAGAAGAGAAAGAUUUUUGUAGGUUUGGGACUCCACAUUAUAAGACUGUGCUUCGAAUGUGAAACAACCUACAUCUUUGUGACCAGAAGCAUAGACAUUUCCAGAGAACUUUUAUCUAUAUUGGUGUCUGCUGAUUCACGUAUGGUGGAAAAUAAUUUUUCUCUGCAAAGUUUGGAGCAGGUUCAGGCUGAUCUGUUUGAAAGGCAUGUUUGUGGAGGUUUAAAGAUGAGCAUCCUUCAGUAUGCAAUGGUGAUGUUCUGGUGCAACAGUUCUAAAGAGGAUCCAUGGCUGGGGAGAUCACUAUUUGUGCUUGAAAGGCAUUUGCUUCUGUGCAUGGAAGACGUAACCCUAAUUGGGUCCCUUUCGGAGAGUGUAUCUUGCUCUUCCUACUUCUCGUUGGACUCUUGUUGUCCCAUUGUCGGCGUGUCUGAAGUGGUAAUUGAAAUGACAGACUGCUAUUGUGUGACCCUGACUUUGGGAGGUGUCAUGUCAGAGUUCCCUCUUACAUUGAAGGAGGGCAAGGUAGUCGAGGAUACGAAGCUCGUAAAGAGAAAACCUGUCUUGGGUCCCCAGAAAUGGAAGCUCAAGUGGUUUUCAGAAGAAAGUCUCUUCAACUUUUUGGCUUUAUUGAAAGCAUUACAUGGUGAAGCAACCACAAAUCCCCUUGUAUAUCGCCAUUCGACGAAGUAGAAUCUGUUUUUCUUUUUUCGGGCUUCUGUUUGAUAUUCAUUUCAUUCUUUGGGUCUGGUCUACUCUUCCCGUUCCCCCUGUCAGUGUUAUCUUUGCUUUCCUUAUUUUUCUUUUUUCCAGUGGAUGUGUUUCCCAUAGGUCUUCCAUUCUUUGAUUUAUUGUGUAGGCAGUGAAAUUUGUGUAUAAAGUGUACGGAAAGAAUCAGUGUAUGAAUGUCAAUUUGCUUUGGUUGUUUAGUUCA